GUGCCCUUAUGGUGCAGAAAAGAUUAAGCCAUGGGGACGCCUGUCGUGUCCGCCUUCAACGUCACGUCCAGCUCUCGGGACCUGCCGACCGCCGCCCACACCCCUGGACGCCACGUGCAGGCUGAUAACAAGGCCGAUGGGGGCACAUCCCGUCGCAAACAAUUGCGAAUGUUCACGGGCGGCUGCAUCGUGUUGGUUGCAGUCGUUGUCGGAUGUGCCGUGGGGUUGACUGGGGGGACUACCAGUUCCAAUGGCGACGCAGCCUCGUCGUCGUCAGACCCCAUCUCGAGCCAGGGUAUUGUAAGCAACGCAGCGACACCCGCGGCCCACCCGACGCCAGAUCCACAACAGCCCGGCGCGCUUCCCCACAACGCCACGUCUAACACGACAUCGACCCCCCCGUCUGCCCUCGGCUAUGUCCUUCCGCCCGCCAUUUCUUCUCCCGCUCCCACUCCAGCCCCGACCACUACUCGCCCAAGAUUGCCCUACAGAGACACACACUUUGACUGGCUCAACAUCAACGAAUGGCAAGGGGACAACGACGUUUCGGCCGCGUUUGCCAAAGGUGGCUUCAAGCCCAGCGCCAUCGAAGUGUCUACUUUUGGGCUGCCCUUCCAACAGUCGCCCGUCCUGCGCACCAAGCAAGGCUGGGCUGGGGAAAAGGUCAUCUACCUCGAGUGGACAGUGUACGCCGGGUCAGACGCCAACAUCUGGAUGCUGCCCACAGCACUGACAAGCCAAUUCGGCGACCCGCGGUGGCCCAACUGUGGCGAAUACGACAUCUUUGAAAUGUUCAACGGGGACGCCGCCAUCGGGCACACUGGCACGACGGACGCGUUCUGGGGCGGCGGACUCACCGCGUUCGGCCAAUCCACCAUGCACAUGGCGUCCGGCGGCUGCUUCGCGCCGUACUACGUCCGCCAGCCCAACGUCGGGGCCCAGGCGGCGCAGUGGAAGGUCGAAAUGAACGUGAAAAUCGCCAUGGCGGUCGUGUUCGGGGCGGACGCGGGCGGGCAGUACAUCCAACAGAUUCGGAACCCCAAGAUUACCCGCGGAGGCGCCGACGACACGGUCGACGUGUCGGCGGACGGAGGCAUCGCCGCCGACAAGAUCUACAACAACGCCAACUUGUACUGGGGCGUGGCACCCGUCGGUGCGUGCGCGGCUGGUCACAACCCGGCGACGGGGUAUCCGUUUUGGAACCCGUUUCGCCUUGUGCUGCAAGAGCAAUACCAAGGCCGGUUCGACGUGCACACAGUUCAAGUGUUUACCAAGUAGAAACCCUUGCACCAAUCAAUGAAUGCACAACCCUACGUAUCACCACAUUAACAUGUUACGCUAUCGGUGUGGAAAAUUACUGCUG